AUGACUAAUCGACAUGUGUAUGAAGCGAUUGAUCGUAGUUUAAGAGAUCUAUCAGGGGUUGAUAUUCCAUUUGAUGGCAAGGUUAUAGUGUUUAGUGGAGAUUUUGGACAAAUUUUACCUGUUGUACCAAAAGGAACAAUGGCACAAACUAUAGAUGCGUGUUUGGUCAGAGUUGGAGAUGGAUGUGAGCAUACAGUUGAUGAAGACAUGAUAAAGUUACCAGCUUCAAUAUGUGUAGGAAAUGGUGAUCAAAUUUCAGUUAAUAAUCUAAUCCAUCAAAUAUUCUUAAACCUAACUGAGCACGUAGGUGAUGUUUCAUACAUGGAACAAAGAGCUAUAAUAACUCCAACAAAUGACGAAGUUGACACGCUAAAUGAGAAGAUACUUCAAGAUUUCGUCAGAGAAGAAAAAAUCUACUACUCAUGUGACUCCAUUUCAGAAGAUCGUCAAAAUGUCUAUCAGUAA